UCGUACGCGUACGUAUACCAGCUGGCAUACCGAUUUCGAAUGCAAUACGGUCUGGUAUACGGUGGUAUAAAAACAAGGGGGUACGGAUGCCUCCCUGCCCCCCUCCGCAUUAAACGUUUCCUUUGCGUCCGAAAGCUUCGGCGAUUCGUCCAAAGGCAACGGUUCGCGCGCUCUUUUCCUCUUUUUCUGUUAAUUAAUUUAUUAGUAUUUCUUUUCGCAUUAUUUAGUUUUCGCCCCAUCUAGUUUUAGCAGUUUUUUACUAUUUUGUUUUCUCGUCUAGUUUAGAUUGUUUGUUCAUUCUUUUGUUUAGUGCGGGCUAGUUUCUGUCUUUCGUUCUUAUUUCCGUUCGCUUCUUCAUUCCAUCUCCUGUUAUCAUAUCAUUUCAGUUAAUCUUCUCAUCUACUUUGCAUCGUCAGUUAGUCUUCUGAUUUCCAUCCUAGCUAAAUAGUUUUCAAUAUACUAGUCUGUUAAUCUUCCUUUCCUAGUUUGUACGUUUUCGUUCAUUUCCUGCUCUCGUACUUAUUUUUCUGUUCGUUUUCGUCUAGCUUAGAUUUCAUCUCCUGUUAAUCUUCUGUAGUGCCAUCUUCUGUCUUCCUUUAGCGCUUCCGUUUAGCUUAGUUUCCAUCGUCAGUUAGUCUUCUAGUUUAAUUUCCAUCCUAAGCUAAUCUUUCUAUUAGUUUCAAUAUACUAGUUUGUUAAUCUUGCUGCCUAGUUUCUACAUACGUUCAUUUUCUGCUUUCGUACUUGUUUUAUCUAUUUUCCUGUUAACGUGCACGCGUGUGGCUUGUCACUCAUGGCUGCCGUGUGCACGGUCACCCCUGCUACUACUCUGCCACGUGCAGGCAGUGCGAGGGAGCGUUCAGCUUGGGGCAGCGAGAAGCCCGGCCGCGCGUCGGCGAGCAAGAGCUGGACCAAGGACAAGCUCGUCGCUCGUACCUCGUCGAGCGUUCCGGGCCGUGCGUCCCUGAGCGACAACUGGAUAAGAGACAAGGCCGCGAGGAAGGAGAUUGGCAUCGACCACGUCGAGCGGUCGCCGUCGAGGGAGAUCAUCAGUCAGAUCGGAGGCAAGGCUGAGAAGGAGGAGAUCAGCGACGAGCGUGCGGAGCAAUCGCCGUCAAGGGAGAUUGGAGCCAAGAGGGUCUUGAGCCGAGCGCCGUUGGUGGAGGUCGAGCGAAGCUAGAGGAGGAUGCGGAGCCGGUGGCGGUGGCCGUGGAGUACUACGCUGGCCCGGCGUUAAUAAAGACACCGCACCGAGCGAGCUGCCCUUGCCUACGUUUCCCUUGUUCAUCAAGUCUCCGGACCCGAGCGAGUUGCUAAUUCCGAAGUUCUUGAAGGCACGCAAACAGGCUGACGACAGCUAAAGAGUCGCAGUUUAUGAGAUAACAACACCGUUGAUAGUAAUCAGAGCUACUUCUGUUAAUCUAGUUUCGCUUGGCUCUAUGCCUCUGU